AUGACGCAAGAAAAAGGAGCUAAGGGAGAUUCGAAUUUAGGCAGUCUUUGCAAUCUGAUCGAUGUAAUAGUAACUAGGGUUACAGAAGUGCAUAAAGGAACAGCUUCGAUAGUUGAUGCAAUGAAAGCAACUUUCAACGCUAAUCGGUUCGAGGCGACUCCAGUUGUGAGUAACAUAUUGAAGGUUAGAGAGGUUCAAAGCAAUGAUGACAAGCAGGGAGAAGUUCCAAUGCCAAACCUGUCUUUGAAUAAUUGGAGUGUGGACUCUCUUAGUCGCAUUAGGAGUAUGUUAGGGGUCCCUUUAUUUGCUGAUGAAUGUACUAUUCAUCAGAAAUGUAUUUCUUUUGCUCGAAUGCUUAUUGAGGUUGAUGUUACUAAGCCUUUGCCAAAAACUGUGCUGAUUGAAGAAGAGUCAGGGAAAAUGAUUAAACAGAGGAUAUGUUUUGAGUGGGAUCCUUCUUUCUGCAAAAAGUAUCAAUUUGUAGGCCAUGAUUGUGCUAAGAAAGGUUUUGUAUCAAAAGGGGGAAAGUGGGAGAACCUGAAGCAAACACAGAAAUGGCAUAAGUUAGCAGAAAAGCCUGAGCCUGUAGUUGAGAGUAUCACUGAUGCAAGAAAGCACCCAGAGAGUGAUAAUGCAGUAGUGCAAUCUGAAAGGGAAGUUGCAGAAACUAGGCCUCCUUGGAACAUAGUAACAAGAGGGCAGAGUGGGAAGGAAAUAGAACAGUUGAAGGGGCCUGGGGUGAUAGGUGAAAUAAAGAAGUUUAUUGGAGUUAAUAAAGUCACUUGUUUUGCAUUGCUUGAAACAAGGGUAAGGGUUCAGAAUAAAGAGAAGAUUCAUAAGAAGUUUGGGAAUCAGUGGAAAUGGGAAAGUAAUUAUGAUAGUUCAAAUAAGGGGAGGAUAUGGCUUGCCUACGAUCCAAGUUGUAUUGUCUUACAACUCUUACAGAAAAGUUCACAGUUGAUUCAUUGUGAGCUUAAAGAUAAAAGCAUUGGCACUCAUAUUGGGUUAAUUGCAGUUUAUGGCAUGCACACUAUUGAAGAUAGGAAAGCUUUGUGGCCUGAACUUCUUAAUAUUAACUAUCAAAUGUCUAUUCCUUGGUGUGCUAUGGGAGAUUUUAAUGCUAUUCUUGCUUGUGGGGAUAGGCUCAAUGGUAAUCCUGUGUAUAAUUAUGAAACUCGAGAUUACAUGAGGCUGCUGGCUACUUCUGAUUUAGGGGAAUAUAAAUCCCGUGGGCACUUCUUUUCUUGGUCUAACAAAGGUGUGGGACCCCUAAGAAUUGCAAGUAGGUUUGAUAGAUGUCUUGUGAACUCAUGCUGGCUCUCUAUGUUUCCUAGUCUUGCUGUGGAAUAUAUGAACCCUGGCAUUUAG